AUGCCCGAAGUCUUCUAGUCUCGGAAAAUGUAAGCAUUGGCCAAAAAUUGGACUUCUCAGACACAAUGGUACAACAGAAGUUGGAUGAAAUAAAGGACCAAAUCAAACGUGAAAUAAGGAAGGAACUUAAAAUCAAGGAAGGAGCAGAGAACCUGAGAAAGGUCACAACAGAUAAAAAAAACUUGGCUUACGUGGACAACAUUUUGAAAAAAUCAAACAAGAAAUUGGAAGAAUUGCAUCAUAAAUUGCAGGAAUUAAAUGCGCACAUUGUUGUAACAGAUCCAGAAGAUGUUACAGAGUGUCCCAGAACACCAGAUACUCCAAACAGUGACCCUCGUUUUUCUACUAACAACAGAUUGAUGGUCUUAAAAAAGCAAUUGGAUAUAGAACUGAAGGUAAAGCAGGGAGCAGAGAAUAUGAUACAAAUGUAUUCAAAUGGCUCUUCAAAGGAUCGAAAACUUCUUGCUGCAGCUCAACAGAUGCUCCAGGACAGCAAGACGAAAAUAGAAGUCAUAAGGAUGCAGAUUCUUCAGGCAGUCCAGACCAAUGAAUUGGCUUUUGAUAAUGCAAAACCUGUGAUAAGCCCUCUUGAGCUUCGAAUGGAAGAACUGCGGCAUCAUUUUAGGAUAGAGUAUGCAGUAGCAGAAGGUGCAAAGAACGUGAUGAAAUUGCUUGGCUCUGGAAAAGUUACCGACAGAAAAGCACUUUCAGAAGCUCAAGCAAGAUUUAAUGAAUCAAGCCAGAAGCUGGACCUCUUAAAGUAUUCAUUAGAACAAAGACUGAAUGAACUUCCUAAAAACCAUCCCAAAAGCAGUAUUAUUAUAGAGGAGCUUUCAUUGGUCUCUUCACCAACACUAAGUCCACGUCAAAGUAUAAUAUCUACACAGAACCAGUAUAGUACGCUAUCCAAACCUGCAGCUUUAACAGGUACUUUAGAAGUAAGGCUCAUGGGUUGCCAAGAUAUUCUGGAAAACGUCCCUGGUCGAUCAAAAGCUACGUCAAUUACUCUACCUGGCUGGAGUCCAAGUGAAGCCAGAUCGUCUUUCAUGAGCAGAACAAGCAAAAGUAAAAGUGGGAGUAGUCGAAACCUUUUGAAAACAGAUGAUUUGUCCAAUGAAAUCUGUGCUGUAUUGAAGCUGGACAACACUGUGGUUGGUCAAACUAGCUGGAAGCCUAUUUCCAAUCAGUCAUGGGAUCAGAAGUUUACACUGGAACUAGACAGGUCACGUGAACUAGAAAUUUCAGUUUAUUGGCGUGAUUGGAGGUCUCUGUGCGCAGUGAAGUUUCUGAGAUUAGAAGAUUUCUUAGACAACCAGCGACAUGGCAUGUGUCUCUAUCUUGAACCACAGGGUACUCUAUUUGCAGAGGUUACAUUUUUUAAUCCAGUUAUUGAAAGAAGACCAAAACUCCAGAGACAAAAGAAAAUUUUUUCAAAACAACAAGGCAAAACAUUUCUCAGAGCUCCUCAAAUGAAUAUUAAUAUUGCCACUUGGGGAAGGCUGGUGAGAAGAGCUAUUCCUACAGUAAAUCAUUCUGGUACCUUCAGCCCUCAAGCUUCUGGGCCUGCUACAGUGCCAGUGGUUGAUACAUGCAUUCCUGAACUAGCACGGUCAGCUAGUGACUCGCCUGUAGCCAAACUGGAUUUUGAACUUGAACCUGAACCUCCGCCUGCUCCACCCCGUGCAUCGUCCCUUGGAGAAAUAUGUGACUCUUCAUCUGAGAAAAAGGGACCGGAUACACCCAUUCAGGAUGCAGAAACUACUUUUGAUUUUGAAAAUGAGAGAGAUAGUAGUGUUUCAAAACUCCAACCUGAAAUAAUUUGUGACCCUGAAAUUCCACACACAGACAUAAAGAGUACCAACAUACGAGAGCCUGAAGAUAGACGAACACAAAGAUUUCAAUUUAGUCUGCAAGAUUUUAGGUGUUGUGCUGUACUGGGUAGAGGUCAUUUUGGAAAGGUGCUGCUGGCUGAAUACAAAAACACAAAUGAGAUGUUUGCUAUUAAAGCGUUAAAGAAAGGAGACAUUGUUGCUCGUGAUGAAGUAGACAGCCUGAUGUGUGAAAAGCGAAUUUUUGAAACUGUGAAUAGUGUACGGCAUCCCUUUUUGGUGAACCUUUUUGCUUGUUUCCAAACCAAAGAUCAUGUUUGCUUUGUAAUGGAAUAUGCUGCUGGUGGAGACCUGAUGAUGCACAUUCAUACUGAUGUCUUUUCUGAACCAAGAGCAGUGUUUUAUGCUGCGUGUGUGGUUCUUGGACUCCAGUAUUUACAUGAGCACAAAAUAGUUUAUAGAGAUUUGAAGUUGGAUAACUUAUUGCUGGAUACAGAAGGAUUUGUGAAAAUAGCCGACUUUGGCCUUUGCAAAGAAGGAAUGGGAUUUGGAGAUAGAACAAGCACCUUCUGUGGCACUCCAGAAUUUCUUGCACCAGAAGUGUUAACAGAAACAUCCUACACAAGAGCUGUGGACUGGUGGGGUCUUGGUGUACUCAUCUAUGAGAUGCUAGUUGGGGAGUCACCCUUUCCUGGAGAUGAUGAAGAAGAGGUUUUUGACAGUAUUGUAAAUGAUGAAGUAAGAUAUCCACGGUUCCUUUCUACAGAAGCUAUCUCUAUAAUGAGAAGGCUGCUACGAAGAAAUCCAGAGCGGCGCCUUGGAGCUGGUGAGAAAGAUGCUGAGGAUGUGAAAAAGCAUCACUUCUUCCGGCUAAUAGAUUGGAAUGCUUUGCUGGCUAAGAAAGUGAAGCCCCCUUUUGUACCCACCAUUAGAGGAAGAGAAGAUGUUAGUAAUUUUGACGAUGAAUUUACCUCAGAAGCACCUAUUCUCACUCCACCCCGGGAACCAAGGAUACUUUCAGAAGAAGAGCAGGAAACGUUCAGAGAUUUUGAUUACAUUGCUGAUUGGUGUUAA